CCCUCACGACGGGUUUCGGCCCCCUCUUGCUAUAUGAUAAACCUCCCAGUGUCCGCCCUCUCCUCCCGUCUCGCCAGAGGCUAUCUUCCUACUCGCCAAUAACACACCGAGAAAGCGGGUGAGCUUACUCCUGUAGGAUCUGCUUCAUCCUGCCAUUAUCACACACAUUAUGAGUACAUCCGAUCCCAGCAAGCCCUGGGACAAUUCCAGUGAUAUCCUACAAGGCAUUAUGGGCACUCGGGCAGUGCCUACGUCAGGUUCUUCGCAGGUCGACCUCUCAUCCGACGGGCUGUCCCCGUCCGACCUCACGCUGGGCGAUCCGGCGUCAUUCUUGGGCUUCCAAUUCGCAUCCGAGCCAGCCAUUCCUCAUCCUAAUCAUCCAUCCAUUCUUCAACCAUGGUCACUGUAUCACAAGCAAACAUCCUCGCCCCUCCCCCAGCUAUUCGAUGCCUCCGCCUAUCCUCCGCUGACACGAUGGAGAAACGACCAAGAGGCGUGGAACCCGCUCCAAGUGACAGGUGGGCCCAUCUAUCCUGCUGCGUUCGUUGUCCCGCGUUCGCACCAAGUCUACGGCCUUGACCGCCGAUCAUCAAGUGGACAUCACAGCACACCCUCCGAGGCUGGUAGUCAGUAUACCGGUAUCCAUCUGUCCGACUCCGGAUAUAGUACGCAGGGCUGCACCACACGCUCUGUGGCUGCAUCAUACGCCCUCGAGUCGGCCUGCAGCCCAUUCCUGGCACCUCUCGACCACGAGCAGGAUGAUAGAGUAUCCGCACUCGACCUCAACACCGCCCCAUAUGGUGACGCCAUGGAUGCGUUGGACUCUCCGUCCUUGUUGUGCCAGGACGUGAUCAAGUGCGACUACCCCGGUUGUCAAUGGACUGGCAAGUGUCCUUCCGACAAGAGGAAACACGAAGCCAGACAUAAGAAGCUCUUCAAAUGCGACGAGCCGAACUGCACCCGCAAAGAGGGGUUCGGUACCAUCAACGACCUUGCUCGUCACAAGAAGUGUGUUCACAAGCAGGAGCCUGAGCGGGGGCCGAAAGUCCUCUACAUGUGCUUCGGACAUAACUGCCCACGCCGGAAUAAGAAAUGGCCUCGAUUGGACAACUUCCGUCAACAUCUUGCUCGUAUGCACAGUGACGAGGACGUUGAGGAGCUGCUACGGAGGUCGCAUGAGUGGUAUGAAACCUGCGUGAAGCCGCAGGAGCUGGGGUCCUCUUUCAUUGAUUCCCUGUCGGAAGAAGCGCCAACCCUACAGGCCGAACCAGUCUCCCAGUCCGAGAGCCUUGCGAAAGAUACAAUUCAUGGCUCUUCGGCCUCACCAGUUAGCGCUGAUAGGGGAUUUCCGUCUCCUGAAACCCUCACACCAGAUACCGUCAUGCGAAUGAAUGAAGAGUACAACGACCGUAGCGCUGACGCUGCAUCGGUUCAACCGCCGCUUGCAAAGCCACUCCCUAGCGAGCUGCCCGCUCUGAGAGCCCUCAAUCUGGAAUCUUCGUUGGAUUCAAAGGUUCCCCUACCCACCCAGCUCGACACCGCCAGAAACGGAAAGAUGGACGACAUGGUCAAUGAAGCUGCAGUCAACAUGAUCAAUGCGAUGACAAAGGCCAUGAACACCAACGAGCGAAGACGGAGCCAGCAAUCCGAGUCUGGGGACGAAAUUGUCGACCAGAGUGUGGAGCUGUCGGAUCGCAAGCGCGAUAUGCUACAAAGGAUCUUGUCCGCUGCUCUCGAUCGUCUGUCAGGGCCGUCUGGCUCCAGCCACGCCCCUUCCCAAGCCACUCCGGAUGAAGACCGUGAGAAGAAGGGCUGGAUUCAAUGUGAAUUUUGCACGAAGCGGACACGUCUGCGAUGUGAGAUGAAGAAGCAUAAGAAGCGCCACGAACGGCCAUAUGGAUGCACGUUCUCCAAGUGCAAUAAGACUUUCGGCAGCAAGGCCGAUUGGAAGCGCCACGAAAAUUCCCAGCAUUUCCACGCGCAGUGCUGGCGGUGCACCCUGCCCGAUGCCACGCAAGAGGGUCUCCCGUGUGCGCGCCUAUUCUACCGCCAGGAGAUAUACGUCCAGCACCUGAAGAAGCAUCACGAAACCGAUGACGGUGAGGUCCGGGCGUCGCUGUGCAACAAUCGGAUCAACCGCGACGGUGAUCCGCGUCCCUCGCACUACUGGUGCGGUUUUUGUCGGGUCCUGCUACCUCUGAAGACACAGGGAGUGGGCGCCUGGAACGAACGAUAUAACCACAUCGAUGUCGAGCAUUUUAAGAAAGGCGAGCGCGUGGAAGACUGGCUCCUCCCCUCUGGACAUCUAACCAAGAGUCAAGAGCGGGACGAGAUCAAGAAACAACGGGCCGACGGUAACGGUUAUGAUAGUGAGCCGGCCAUGGAUGAAAUCAGCGAUGAUGAAUCUGUGAGCAGCGAAUGUGCUGCCGAGCACGAGCCACUGCAGGAUGACUUGAUGGCAAUCGACGAGGAACCGACGCCCGAGACCGACUCGUUGCAACACAAUCAGUCUAAUUCUUACCCUCAAUCGUCGAAUUUGCGGAAGCGGAAAUUUCCGGCGCUGCAGUCUCCAACGAACCCUCACAGAGAUACCGCACAGAUGGCGGGUCUGGACAAACGGUCAAGACUCGGUUCCUCAUGGGGAUCGUUCUAUCGUGGUGAUGACACCAUGCAGCCGAGUCAGUUGCCUCACGAAGGCAGCUCGGCUUAUUGUGUUGGUCUAGCCUCGCACGAGGGGAUGCAAUAGCUUGGAAACCGAUCAAGCAGUGCUCCACCAUCUUUACAGUAUUGAUGAGCCUACUAUGGUUGGAGGAUCCUCAUGACAGAUAAGGGGGGCAUGUAACUUUAGCCACGUCCAGUCACAUUGUCAUUUGUUUUGUUUUUCAUAGCGUUAGGAUACACACAUAUAUAUAACGAAGACACGCAUACCAACAAUCAAGAUUCAAGAACAAGAUUACCAGUACUACA